CUUGUGUUACACCUUUAACGUAUCGUGUGGAAACAAUGCGUGUCUGACCAUUGGUUCUUUUCUGAGUCUGAGAAUGGGGAACUCCGGCUGGCGGCUGUAAAGGCAGGUUUAAACUCGUACACUGGCUGAGAAACGUCAUUCUGCUUUUCCAGCCAUGUCUGUUGAAGUAGCCAUGAAAGGUUUGGCCACCGUGUCCAUCCGUGGGCCUGGCGAUGGCAUGGAGACAGAUAAACCAGCGGUGGCCCAGGAGAUCGUAGUGGAGCCUCCACUCCUGAAGGUAGCUUCACCGAAGCAGAUCCCAAAGCCGGCCCCUGCCCCUGCCUCCCCCCACUCCCCAGGAGUUCUGCACCUGGGGAAGGUGAGCAGGGAGGCCUGCACCGAGGUGGAGGCUGUGAGGAUCGUGGUUCCUCGCGCUGCCAUCACCCGGAGCGGCCGAGUCGGGGCUCACGAGGGCAAAGUAGACGAGAGAGGCUCCCCCCAGCACGGCGAGGACCGGCCCCCCUCACCCCCCUCAGAACCACAGGACUACAGGAGCGCUCUGGAGAAGCUCCAGAACUCUGAGCGCAGGUUACUGCAGGACAAGGAGGGGCUCUCCAACCAGCUGCGUGUUCAGACUGAGGUAAACAGGGAGCUGAAGAAGCUGUUAGUGGCGUCAGUAGGAGAUGAUCUGCAGUACCACUUUGAGAGACUGGCGAGAGAGAAGAACCAGCUGAUACUGGAGAACGAGGCUCUGGGCCGCAGCCUGGCCCACACUGCUGAGCAGCUGGAGAGAAUGAGUAUUCAGUGUGAUGUCUGGAGGAGCAAGUUCCUCGCCAGUCGUGUCAUGGCUGAAGAACUGACCAACGCCAGAGCUGCUCUCCAGCGCCAGACACGAGAGGCACAGAGUGCCAUCCAGGACCUGCUGCUCGAGAGGGAGGAAUUCUCCAGUGAUAUGAUGCACACACACAGGUCUCUGGAGCAGCUGUUGGUCUCUCUGCAGUGGGGCAGACAGCAGACCUACUACCCCAGUGCUCAGCCCCUCAGCACCGGGGAACUAGCUGCAGCCAAUCACAAGCUUGCUGAUGCCAUUAACUCCCACCUGCUGGGCAAUGUGGGGGGCAGGACCACCAGCACCACUGUGAAGAACAGCCAGGCUUCAGAACUCACCAACACACCAGCUGAGAAGAUGGCAGAGAAGAUACUGAGGAAUCUGGAUCCUGUAUCCUGCCCAGACAACACGGGUGACCCUGCUGCUCCCGACCCCACCACCUCUCCUUUCCUGCCAAACAAGAAGAGCAUCGGCCGGUUCCACCCCUAUACCCGAUACGAGAACAUCACCUUCAACUGCUGUGAACGCUGCUCUGGAGAGAUUAUCGUCCUCUGAGACACAAACCAGCAUCCAGUUACAGAUUCAGCUUCCUCCAGUAGACAAAAACACUUAUGUCUUACUCAGUUUAUUAGAUGAGAAGUUUCUAUUUAUUGAGUGGAGAUCAGUUUGAGUAUCAGUAUCAGAUUAAAGAGAGAGCUUUACUGUACCUGUACUGUAUUAUGACAAUAGGGCUGAUUUUUUUUUUUCUUUUUUUUUUUUAUCCAGUUUUUCCACUGUCAGCAGUCUUAACCAGUACAUAUCAGGUCAAAUAUGAAAAAUAAUUUGCUGUAAAUUCUUUGUAAAUACCAAAGAGAGAAUACUCAGCAGUUCUGACCAGCAUCAUAGUGAACUAUUUCUUAUAGAUUUGUUUUCUUUAUACUACAUGCUUUUCUGCAACUUUAAGCUGUGUGUCUCUUCUUUAUCCUCUUCAUCUGACUCUGAAUGUCGGUACUCUUGGGGUAGAGCGUGAUUUAUUUGCCUUGUCUUUGCACACAAGUAUUCCUACAGGAAGUCCAGCAUGUAGGGGGAGGAUCCUUUUAAACAGAUGAAUUGAUGGAUUUUAGAGAUGCUGUUAUGAUCGACUAUGCAGUGCAAUAUGCUAAUGCAGUAGUUUAGGCCCUUUCGCACACAGCAAGAUUUUUUUUUUCUUUCAUCCAUUUGAAAUGAAUGAGAAUUUUAACAGAAUGGAAGCCUCAAAGUCUUUAUAGGCAAGUCAAUUUACUUGUCGGCAAUCUCGACAAUGCUGCCCUGUGCUUAUAUCCCCUCAUGCAAGCCCAGCGUUCUAUCUGUUUGAAGGGAAGAGACUGAAAUGAUCUAAACUGAAGGUUUAAUUACAAUUUGAACAACAUAUUAUUCAUACCACUGAUGAAAUCUUAUAAAAACCUCAUGAAGAGAUUGUAACGUUUGGCUUAAAAAUGCAAUUUUUCAGCUUGUCAUGGCUGCUGUGCCUGCGCAGAUCUCCUUAGCAAGUGAGGCUUCCCCACCAGCACACUGACCCCUCCACUUUCUGCACAAGCAGCAAGCUCUUUUUGUUGAAAGUGGGUCUUUACCCAUAAACAGGCACAAUGAUUCGCGUUAUAUUAAAUCCCAUUCAUACAGCGGUCAGUGUCCUGCCUUCUUAAUAAUGAAAUCUCUGGAUUUGGAGGUGUUGGAAGAGUCUGAUGUGUGUUUUCCUUUGCAUCAGUAUCCACUAUUUCUGUUUCUCGGCUCUCCGUCCCCUUUUGCUCUUGUUAAUCUCCUCACAAGUGCUCAUUUAUGAAUUUAGCUAUGUAAGUUUUGGACUCUGUAUAUAACAUUUAAUAUACAUCUUUUUCUACCCACAUCCAAUAAAAUCAAACUCUGUGUGUAAGGGCCUUUAGUUCUUAAGAGUCAGCCUGCGAUUUAUAGGAAUUUUCUCAGUUUACGGUUAUGUAUAAUAAUCAACUGUCUCCUAUGUUACAUUCAUUUUGUGAGUUUUUUUACAGCAGUUCAGCAGGAAAGAAGUUCUUCAUGCUCUGCUGGUUGUUUUUGUAUAUGAUGAAUGAUGUGUAGACUGUCUAAUUUAUUCAGUAUUCAUGAAAGUGAGAACAAGCUGGAUUUGUAAAACGAAAAUAAUACGAAAAGAAAAGAGUGCAAUAUUUCUUUAUCUGCAUUGGUUUGUAUCAGCUUGGAGUUGUGGGAGUUGGUUUGGUCAGCAUUGCACCUCAGCUUUGAACGUACUGGAAGGUGCAAUAUUAUUAACUAAUUAUUAUUUCAUUUCUACUGAAAUGCAUAUUUGUGUGAAAACCUGUUUGUAGGCAUUUUGAAACAAAAAAAACAGUUUCUCUGUAAAAUGCAGUGAAUAAAAUAAAUUAUAAGAGUUAAUUGUA